UAAUGCAUCACUCGUGCUGUCUUCGUGUCCGGUUGGAGUCGUCUCGGGCGCGUUGAAGCUUCUCGGUUUAUUUUAGCCUAACUUGCUAACAAAGAGACGCGUCUGCAUCAACACUUCCCUCAGCAGAAAACAAGGCUGAACCAGAGCCGGAACAAACGUCCAUGACCUCGCACCGUGACGUCACUGAGGCUUAGCAUUCCUGACAAGUCUUUUUAGCUAGGCCAAGAUGCCAACAUGUUGUGCACCAAACUGCAACAAAACUGAGAAAUCGCACCCGAAUCUGUCGUUCUUUAACCUCCCGUGGGGUAAACCUGAAAGGAUAACGCUGUGGCUGUCACAGUUGAGGCUUGUUCAUCAGCCGGGGAAAUGUGCACGCAUCUGCAGUGAUCACUUCGAAGAACGGUUUCUGGAACAGGACCUGAAAUUUUCCAUCGCACCGCAUCUUUACACCAAACAGAAGAAAACACUAACAGUGGAUGCCUAUCCUACUAUUUUUGAACAUAAAAAACAGUCAGCCGUGAGAGAAAUAUCAAUAAACAGACAAAAGAAACGCCGAAGAAAAUUGCUUAUUGAUGAAUCCCUGAACCAGACAGAGAAAUCUGAGGGGGCCUGUGCAUUCUCAACAUGCCCAAGUGACAAAGAGACGACUGAUGAGUCGCCAUUCACAUCACAAUAUUCUGGUGAAAAUACAUCAGCUCCGAAUGUCAAGUGUCAGUGUCGCUGUAUGUGUCGGCAAUGCACUCGGCCAAAAACCUGUCCAGUGGCAACACAAACGGAACGUGUAGUCACUUUUGUCAAGGUGUCACAGUGUUGUGUGCCAACAUACCAUAAAAGUGUGCAGCGCAGAAAGUGUGAUCUUCGUGUGAAAAUGUGUGCAAGAACAACAGGAGAGUACAAGGAAGAAGUUCGUGGACCAAAAAAGGAGGAGGAGCCACAACGCCAACGACUGGACGAUGUCUUCAAUCUGCAGCCUCGAAUUGUCCUACACAGAGCAGACAUCAAUGAAAAUCUUCAUCCAGACCAGCAGCAGUCUGUGUCCGUUCAUAUAAAAGAGGAAGAAGAAGGUGAAGAGUUACAGUGUAUCAAAGAAGAAGAGGAAGAGGUCCUACAAAUGAAAGAGGAGCAGGAGGAAAGCAUCCAGGUUCCAGCCACUGGUGUACAUUUGCAGAGUGAAAAUGAAGGUCAAAGUGAGAAGAGACGAGGAGCGGAGCCUCCAGAAUCAGCUUUAUUGGCCAAGUGUGUAAAAACACACAAGGAAUUUUUCUCUGGUAGUCAGUGCUACCCUAGUGCGAUAUUCAGGAUAACCAGGAACAGCUCAAAAAACCACAGUGGAGGAUCACAAACAGAUGAUGAUGAUGAUAAAUCGGAAUUUGAUAUGACAUGUCACGCUGCGAACAAGUGCUGGAAAUGUUCUCUGUGUAGGAAAACUUUUGCUUCUAUGAAGAAUUUGAAACGACACGUGAAAAUACACACGGGUGAGAAGCCUUUUGCAUGCUCAGUUUGCGGUCAAAGAUUCACUCGGAAGGGAACCUUAAAAAUACACGGAAGAACACACACUGAUGAGAAACCUUUUGCAUGCUCAGUUUGUGGUCAACGAUUCACUUGGAAGAGUGAUUUAAAAAGACACACAAGAACACACACGGGUGAUAAACCUUUUUCCUGCUUAAUUUGUGGUCAAAGAUUCACUCGCAAGGGACACUUAAAAAUGCACACAAGAACCCACACUGGUGAGAAACCUUUCUCCUGUGCAAUUUGUGGUCAAAGAUUCUCCAUCAAGAACAGCUUAAAAAUACACACAAGAACACACACUGGUGAGAAACCUUUUUCCUGCUUAGUUUGUGGUAAAACAUUUUCUCAGAAGGGUAAUUUUAAAAUACACACAAGAACGCACACAGGUGAGAAACCCUUUUCCUGUACAAUUUGUUGUCAAACAUUCUUAGUGAAGGAACACUUAAAAAUACACACAAGAACUCACACUGGAGAGAAGCCUUUUGUCUGCUCAGUUUGUGGUCAAAGAUUCACAAGGAAGGGAGAUUUAAAAACACACACAAGAACACACACUGGUGAGAAACCUUUUUCCUGUCUAAUUUGUGGUCACAGAUUCUCUCAGAAGGUUGAUUUAAAAAGACAUACAAGAACACACACUGGUGAGAAGCCUUUCUCCUGCGCAGUUUGUGGUCAAAGAUUCCCCAACAAGAAUAGCGUAAAAAUACACACAAUAACACACACUGAGAAUCCUUUUUCCUGCUCAGAUGUGGUCAAAGAUUCUCUGUGAAGGAAAGUUUAAAAAAAGACAAGAACACACACUAAGAAGAAACUUUUGCCUGCUCACUUUGGUCAAACACUCUUCUAAGUACAAUACUCCCUCAUUUUUCACGCUUUAUAGGGACCAGAACCCCCCGUGAAAUGUGAAAAACAGAGAAGUAGCCCACCCCCACAACACACAUAAAAAUGCUUGAAGAAGUAUGUGUCGUCACCCUCUUCCAAAAAUGGCCUUUUUUAUCCAUGUUAAAACACAAUACAGGGUCCAACAAGGAAAAAAGUGCCCUGUAUGGAGCCCAGCAGGACAUCCCAGUAGGUACCACAGUGUCCAUGCCAUUUGCUGCACAAAGUGGUUGAUUCCUCCCACUGGAUCACAAAAAGGAUAAAAGUGCUCCCAAAUAGGAGCCAAUUCCUCCCGCUGAAUUCAUAGAAGGGGAAAAAAGUGCCCGCGGCAGUACUACUUCUUGGGCGUCGUGCAGGAAGCUUUCGAUGGGGCACAAUGCUGAGGUGGUAUUGUAACUACAUCAUCAAAAAAUGUAAUCAUGGACACAAAAUGGGGAGAGGGAGUGAAAAAUAAAUCUGAUGCACUGAAUCUGCAAAAGGUGAAGCGUGAACUAGAGAGACUUCAAAUACUUGGGCUCAACAAUCCAGAGGAAUGGUGAGUGUGGUAAGGAAGUGAAGAAAACAUGCCGGCCGUGAUUUACGGAUUAGAGACAGUGGCACUGAAAAGACAACUGGAAGAAGAACUGGAGGUGGCUGAAAUUAAGAUGUUGAGGUUCUCGCUAGAAUUGAGCAGGUUGGAUAGGAUUAGAAAUGGGCUCAUUACAGGGACAGCCAAAGUUGGAUGUUUUGGAGGCAAGGUUUGAGAGAGCAGAGGAAGACCGAGAAGCCACAUAAUAUAUUAUAACCCAAAGACGAAUUCGUCAUUGACAGUUUCCCAUUUUCGUGUUACAUAUCACACUUGUGUGCAGAAUCUGUAUAUGUAUCUGUAUAGCCGUUUGUGCACCACCGUAUGAAGGAAAAGAAGAAGGCGAGGCUUGAUUUACGAGUUGUUUCUCUCGUUUUCUUUGUGCAACGUCAUGCGCUCCCCUCAAUAAUUAUUCUUGAAUUUGUGGCGAACCUACGUAAGUCCCGACCGAGUACGACAAUCACUACUUUAGUGUCCUCAAACAUCCUUACUUCAGUCUUGGUGUCUCGGUGCACGUCGAAGGCUUUUAGGACUGCUAGUCCGCUUUAGCUUAGCUAAUUAGCCGCGAACAAUGGGACACGUUUUUGCAGUCAGAUCAUCGCAAAAUAUCGCUCAACACAGAUCAAGUGGGUCAAUCAUUCACACGUAGCUAUAUUAUGCGAGCGAAGAACUGCUAAUUCAUUUAUAUGAGACAUGUAUUGAAAAUCAAAUAUAGGACUUACCUUCGUGCAAACAUAUCUGUUCCGGUUCAUGGAUUCAGUUGAUCAUGCGGUCUUCCUCAAAGUUUUAUCCAUCAAAGACAUUUUUCGUACUCUGUCUUCUGUUCCGGUUGAUAUUAGAUGGAUUCAGUUGAUGAUGCGGUCUGCCACAAAGUUUGAUCCAUCAAAGACAUUUUUCGUACUGGGUCAUCGGUUUUGGAAAGGGUACGAAUCGAACUCCACCAACGAGCCUUUCAGGAUACCUGUCGUCACUAUUAUAAAGUCCGUGACUACACCUCUUAACCAUAUCUAUUGUUAAAGAACCCAAAUACGCGAUAAAACGCCAACAGAAGCUAUACUGGACCAUACAGCGUUGUCUGAGAUUAUGCAGAUCUCUGGCCUCUGAUUGGUCAGUGACCCGGAUUGCGCAAUAUCCACGGAGGGGUCAAUUUUCGGGGUACUAACUAUUUUUCAUGUGAUGGCACAAUAUAUGACAACAAUGUAAGAUACACAGCCGACUUGAACAAGCCGUGUUUAAAAAGUCAAGCAAGAUGUAUUUUUUGUUUAUUAUUUCUUGAAAAGUUUUAAUUUUGAAGGUCAGGAUUUCACCUGACAGGUACAAUGAAUAAUAAUAAAUAAAUAUUACAAAUUACUGCCACUUCGGAGAUUGGUAGAUUCCUUUCCCCACACCGGUUUUCCAGGGCUUGUAAUGUUGGAUUUUGUUGAUGAAAAAGGGGCAUUCAAAAGGGAAUUCAUUGUUUACCAAUUGCUCCAAAAUGUAUUUUUCAUUUUCCUGAGCAUGCAUGCAUUUGGCCCGAUGUUUUCGUGAUGUCAAUAUUAAAUAAAUGAAUCGUUGAUUGAAACAGUGGGAAGAAUGACUUGGUGGUAAAAUGUAUUUGUGAUCAUGAAUAAAAUACAGUCAGGCUGACUCCAUCUGCUUGUACAUCAAAUCCAUUUUCCCCAUUAAAGAUAAUUAAAAUGUAUUUUUUUUCCAUUGGAAACCCUCCAAAAAAUAAAAGGCCCGUACUAUCAAGCAAAACAUGGCCCAAGUAACAAGGCUUAAGUGAAAAAAAAAACAAACUAGGGGCCUGUGGAGAAUCACAAGCAGACGGCCUCU